CGGUGCUGGACCGGGGUGGGCGACCCCGGACCCCUUUCGCCCGGCCGGCGGGGGCGGGGGGGUUGGCCGCGGCCCGGGGAUCCGGCUUCCCGCGCGGAGCCCCCCCGCCGCCAGCGCCUUGAGGAUGCAACUCACGUAACGUUUGCAGUAAGUUUCUCCGCUUGCCCAGCCGGAGCCGGAGGGAGAGGCGGCGCGGAGCCCGGCCCAGUGCCUUCCGGGGUCCGGCACGGCCGCCCGCUCCCCGCCGGGGACCGACAGCUCUGACCGUCACCUGCAGACCGGAGGACCGGAGGCCGAGCCGCGGGGCCGUCCCCUCCCACCUUUCGCAGCGCGGCGGAGGAAACCCGCGGGGGAUGGGCCUCGCCUCAAAUGGCACCAGGCCCGGGUGUGGCAGCAGCGGGAGUCCGGCAAGGUCUCGAGGAUGUGACAGCGAGCAAUGAGCGGCGUCUCCUGCGGUGGCGGGGCAGGCAGCAUGAGCAGCGGCCCAGUGUCCGCCUUUACCUUGACGCUGGAGCAGAAGACGGGGUUCGCCUUCGUGGGGAUCCUGUGCGUUUUCCUCGGGCUCCUCAUUGUGCGCUGCUUCAGAAUCCUGUUGGACCCCUACAGCAGCAUGCCCUCGUCCACCUGGGAGGACAGGAUGGAGGAGUUUGACAAGGGCACGUUUGAGUACGCCCUGGCGUGACAGCUCCCAGCCCCCGUCACAGUCCCCUGCUCCUCACCGGCCUCGACCCUGUCCCCCACUCUGGCUUCCAACCCAGCCCCCAGUCUCAGUCCAAAAUUGUGACCUCAUCCCCCAACCCCUGACCUCUAGGCCUUGGCCCUGCCCCAGCCACCCUCAUCCCGGGCCUCUGACCCCAGUCUCAGCCAAGUCCUGGCCCCCAGUCUCACCCCUACUUCUGAUCUCCAUCUCUCCAAAUCUCACCCCUACUCCAGAUCUCUAUCUCCUGUCACAACCCCUGCCCCAGGUCCUCAAUCUAAGCCCCACCUCCAGGCCCCAUCCCAGCACAGACCCUGCCCUGCACACCCUAGAGCUGAGAAGGCCACAGGCCCUGCUGCCAGUUCAAUAAAGACCUGUGCUUGGUUUA